AAUUGACCCAGUCGAAUCUUCUCUGCUUUUGUAAUUUAAAUUAGAAUAAGAACAGAAUCUGAUCAUUAAACAUGCCACCAAACGUUCAAAUACUUGACAAUGUUCUAAAGAGAUUAGAGGAUGUAUAUUCACCUAUUGCUGGCUGCUUGUUUGGAGUCAUGUAUGAGGGCAAAGUAUUGGUUGUAGGAGUUGGUUUUGAAUUGCAGAAGCCUGGUGCAAAAAGACCAAUAUGGUAUGAUACAACUCAGCAGUUAUAUCCUACGGGUAUUGAUUGGUGUGGUGUAUUCACAAUCGAACUUGAUAUCAAUGUUGAAGUAUCCUCUGAUAUUAAAGAAUGCAUGAAAGAUGUUGCUGUUACUAAUAAUCCAUUAUAUUUGCGAAAAGAUAUAAACACUGGCACUGUUAAUCUUUUCUAUUCUGAUUGUUCUCAUUUGAAGUUUUGUGAUUAUGAGAUAAUUAAAAAAAGUGAAUUUAUGGAAAAGUUUGUAUACCUUCGUUUAGUUGGUAUGACUUAUAUUUGUUUACCUCUUGAUCUAAAAGCUCGUCAUGUAGAAAGAGCAAUGGAAAAAAUUUCUGCUAGGAUUGCUGCUGGUAUGUUUUUUCAAAUGGGCAGUUCUAAAAUUUAUUUGAAUAAAUAUACAACUAAGUAUGACCAUUCAUGUCUUGGUACAAUUUUUGAUAUGUUAAGAAAGGAAAAGGACUUCCGAAAUAAUGUGGAAGUCUUAAAAGUAUCUGCUCUUUUCCCACAAGGACCAUUCAUUGCAGAUGAUAACAAACUUUACAAGCCUCAGAUUUAUGAUUAUUCUUAUCCUCAAAUUUUGGACAAAAAUGAAAAAGAAAAACAUUAUAAAUUUGUUAUGAAUUUGCCUUUUGAUGCGUUAUGUAUAGCUCAUAGAGACAGAGAAAUGGAUGAAGUCUAUGAUCUACUUAUUGAUACUGCGGAAAGGACAGUGUUUCUCUGUGAAAGUUAUUUACUUAAGUACAUUCGUGACCCAUUGAAAGUUCAUAAUAUACGUGCACACCAUUUUUUCCCUGAUGAAUUGGCACAUGCUUUAUCAUUGGUGUUUUCCACUGAACAAAAUGAUGAAAGGCUUGUUCGCAUACGACGACAAGUUCAUGCCUUUUUAAAUUUAACUCUUGAUAGACCUUAUUUUCGAAGAGCUAAUAGUUUAAUAUUGAUUCCUGCAAAUCAUAUAACAUGUCCUUUAAUGAAUGUUCAUCUUGGAGUAAAGCCGUCAGGAAUUCGCAGUGACCGUAGCAAAUCAUCACUUGUAAAAGGUGCCUAUUAUUAUUUUCAUUACAUGAUGGGUGGCAUUAAUGACAGUGGCUGGGGUUGUGCCUACAGGUCUUUUCAAACCCUUUUUUCAUGGUUUAAAUUACAGGGAUACACAACAAUGGAAAUACCAACACAUUUAGAAAUUCAAGAAUGCUUAGUUAAAUUGGGAGACAAACCAAAAGAAUUUAGAGGCAGUAAAACUUGGAUAGGAUCUACUGAAGUUGCAUACGUAUUAGAAAUUUUUGUGAAAUCUCAAUCAAUUAUUUUAAAUGUUGCUUCUGGUUCUGAAAUGGGUUCUAUAGGCCAAGCAAUUUAUGAACACUUUGAACUACAUGGUAUUCCUGUCAUGAUAGGAGGAGGUGUCCUUGCGCAUACAAUACUUGGAAUUGACAUUGAUGAAGAAUCUGGUGAUACAAAGUUUCUUGUCCUUGAUCCUCAUUAUACUGAAAAUGAUGACUUAAUAAAGAUCCAAAAAAAAGGUUUUGUUGGCUGGAAAGGCAUUGAUUUUUGGGAUUCUAGAUCAUUUUAUAAUGUUUGCCUUCCUCAGAGGCCCAGGUGUUAUUAAUUUAAUUUUAUUAGUUAGUUUGUAUACCGUGUUUAUAUUUUUUGUAUUUACAAAAUAUUUAAACAAACCUCCUUUCCCUCUUAAAAAACAAAAACAAUAAUUAAAAGAAAAUAACUCAAGAUUCACAGAUUUGUUAUUCAGCAUUUGAAUUAAUAACGAUCUAAAAAUUUAAUAUUGGCCAUCUCAUUUUGAUAAUAUUACUUUACCAUACUAUGGAUAUGUGUUUUAAAAGUAAUUUUUGUCUUUAAUUAUGCAGUCUUAAAUUUCUAUAUAAUUAUAUUUUACAAUCAUUCAUACUUCUUCAGUACAUGUUCUUACUCUGUGAUCUUGAUUUAAAAUUCUUUCUGUUUGACUAAGUUACAUGGAGGUUGAUUUUAUAUUAAAACAACUGAGGCAGUGUCAAAUUUAAUAAAAAAGUAAUUUUACAUUCCUUAACAACUAGGUCUAAUCCUUGAUGGCUAGACUUGAGUGAAUUGUUUUUCGUUAGCUUAAAUAUUUUGUUGCUCAACAUAUUACUGAUUAUAUUUACAAUUUCUCAGUAUCAGAUGUGAUAUUUUUUUGUUUUUCUUACGAUCAAAAGAAAAUGAGAAGAUAAAAAAUGCUAGGAAUUGAAAAUAAACACAAGUUAAACAGUAUUUCAAUAGUGAAACUUGUUAAGUUAUGAUUAUAUAUUGAAUAUAUAUAUAUACCAAUGUCAAAUCCUCCAAAAAAAAGUUAAUAGUCUUUGAUGAUUUAAUCAUUGAGUAAGUGUUAUUUUGUGCUUAAAUUAAUUAUGACUAUAAUCUUUAUAAAAUAGUUCCUUUUUCACACUUCACUGAAAGUUGAAUGUUUUAUAUUUAUUGAUUCUUUAUAUGUUUAUCUGUGUAUAUAUUUAAUGUGGUUGUUAUGUCAGUUUUUUAUUUUGUAUUAUUUGUACAAAUAUAUAUAUAUAUUUUUUAUUUAUGAA